ACAAUGCAUAAAUAAACGCGAAGUCUUUUUGAAUUUUCCUGAUUUUAUUUGUCCUGUUCUUGCGUGAUUCAAUGGAAACUGUAGGAGGUUUAGGGCAAGGGAAGGUCAGGGCGUUGAUAGAGAAGGCCACAAAUUCGACGGAGGCAGAGGUGGAACCCCGCCUCCUCAAGGCCAUCAAAUCGGUGGUCCGGUAUUCUGAUUCGGAGCUCCGACUGGCGGCACAAACCCUAAUGGAUCUCAUGAAACGCGACCACUCUCAGGUCAGGUAUCUCACACUUCUCAUAAUUGAUCAACUUUUCAUGCGAUCAAAGCUUUUUAGGACCCUUCUUGUUGAAAACUUGGAUCAGCUGUUGAGUUUAAGUGUUGGGUUCAGAAGGAAUCUGCCGCUUCCUGCUCCACCAGCUGUUGCAUCUGUUUUGCGUUCAAAGGCAAUUGAAUUUUUGGAGAAGUGGAAUGAUUCAUUUGGGAUUCAUUACAGGCAGAUUCGAUUAGGUUUUGACUAUCUUAAAAACACGCUUCGGUUCCAAUUUCCUAAUAUCCAGGCUAAUGCUGCGCAGGAAAGAAGGGAAAGAGAGAUGAGAUCAAAAGAGAUUCUACAGAGCAAGUUUGAAAUAUUGAAGGGAAAUUUAUCUUCAAUAAAGGAAGAGAUACAGUCAACGUUAGAUGAGAUUGGGGAGUGUUUAGAAAUUGUUCGUACUGAACAGGAAACUAUGCCACCUGGUCCUUUAGAUGAUGAAGAUUUUGUAGAGUUCCGCCCUUCAGAAUUACGCCAGAUCCGUCUUGAUUCAUUGAGAGAAGGAGAAAAGAUUCAUGAGAACAGUGAGAACAAAGUGGUUUUUGAUGCAUUGAGGGAGCUGUACAAGCUUCUAGUAACAAAGCAUCUGGUUUCAGUCCAAGAAUGGAUCUCUGUUCUUAUAAGGGUCGAAGUACCAGAUAAUAGAUCUAGAGAUUCAGUGCUGAAGGAAUUCAUUGAUAUCCAAAAUCGUCUCCAAUCUGUCAAGAAGAAAUGUGUAGAAUCAGGUUAUGCUCUUCCAGAUACUACAAAGCGUGAAAAGGAUGAGGAAGAAGAUUUUUGGGAGGAGGGUAAAAUUGAAUCAAUUAAACUUGAGAGCUCUAAUGCACUCAAUAAGCUAAAUGAAAACUUUGCUGUGGCUUCAACUUCUGGGCAGACGAAAAAUGAUUCUCCUGAAAGCAGUAAAGGGAAGGCAAAAUGUGAUCAGUCACAGAGUUGCAAAGGAGCUGAUUCAAGCUCACUUCGAAGUAAGCUUUUAGCUGAAGGCCCAGUUGUAAAGUGGGGCAAUUUCUUGAAUAAUUGGGAUUCAAAUCGGGUUGUUCUUGCCAACCAGAGGGGCUUAGAGCUUGAAAGUCACUGGGGUAGGGUAGACUACAAUGCAGUUAUUCCAGCAGAAAAAAUUGCAGAGCUAAACAUUCGUGCAACUAUUUAUGAAGAAGAGCAAGUAGAAAUACAACCAUGCCAUGCUCCAUUACACAAAGGUGGACUUUGUCAGAGAAGAGAUUUGAGAGUUUGCCCUUUCCAUGGACCCGUCAUACCCCGAGACGAUGAAGGAAAUCCUAUCAAUAAGAGCACUUCAACAAGUGAUACAACUCUUGAUUCUGAUUUAAUAGAGCAAUUAGCAAAACAAGCUGUAAAGAAUGUUCGGAAUAGAGAGAAUGAGGAAGCUAAUAAAAGAAAAUUGGAUAAGCAAUCACAGAAGCGUGCAAAGCUUGCUAAGAUUCGUGAACAUAAUGAAGCGGUUCUGAGAGAUGCUGCAUUGGCAUCGACCUCUAAUUCUGUAUUUGCUGGGGAGAAUGUGAAGGCAACCACUGGGGGGAGGUUGGCUAGAAACAAAAAGAAAAGCCUUGCAUCAAUGCUGCACAAGAAAGAAUCCACAAAAGAUAGGUUAGCACAGAGACUUUUGAAUACCCGGGCAAGGGAUGCUACAAUAAGGCUGCUGACACUUGGUGAGGAUGCAAAUUACAGAGAAGCUUUCCCUAAUCAAUGGUAGAUGGAUGGAUGUCUUUAUUGUGCUUUGGGACUUCCAGAAAGGACUGAACUGCUUAACAUGCCUAUGCUGCUAAGACAAGAAACAGCUUCAGUUUGAUGGAAAACAAUUAUUGCAUGUUGAUCUCGCAGAGGAUUGAAUUUGUUCAAAUAGUUUGCUGUGAAUAUUUUUUGAAGUCAAGGUAUCUACUUGUUCCACCGUUAUGGGUUUUCAGAGGGAGAAAGAUAGGAGCGGUUUUGUUGGCAAACUUUUUAAUCUGUAUAAGGCUUUUUCCUUUUUUCCCUGAAACAUUUUUGUAACAUAUUUUAACUACUGGACACAAAUGAAGAAUUGGGUCAUUGCAAAUAAAUAAAAUCUUGAAGGUCUGACUGAA